AUGGUAGAUGAGUUUGAUGCGUCUUAUGAAAACGCUGAAUCUGCGAUCCGACGGUGGGCGAAUCGUUUAGAUAUGGCUUCCGAUUACGUCGAUGGCAAACCUCUUGCCGAAGCAUUGUGCCUUGCCAUCUGUGGAGGUGACCUGGUAGACUACCAUGUGCCAACUCUCAAGUCACAUCCAGGCCUAGCAUCAUCAGUAGCAGUGCUUAAAAACACUGUGCAGCCUGAAUUCAGUACGGCUGUCACGGAUUGGGAUAAGAAGGACUUCUUCCACCACGUGUUCACCAUGUGCAGAGACCGAGCACUCUUUACAACGUCCUCUAAUCACAUCGGUAUAUGCCCUAAAGAUACCCGCAAGGGUGACCAGAUUUGCGUAUUACUUGGAUGUGAUGUCCCAGUAGCCAUACGUUCAGACUCGAAUGAGCAUUACAAGAUAAUCGGAUAUAGCUACGUGCCCAGAUUUAGCAGCAAUGAAGGGUUCUUAGGACUUCUACCUAAGGGUUAUAGAGAGGUGCAACACUAUAGCGCUCAAUCAGGGAUGGACUAUUGGGUCUACCUGAAUUCUGAGACUGGGAAGAUUCAGGUCGGAGAUCCAAGGCUAGGUGAUGAGCUACCGUCAGGGUGGCAGCGAGUCACAGAUAUUGAAAGGCAAUUCUGGGAGGAAUACGUCCAUGAUGGCGCGUCGAGUACGCGGACAUAUCUUGAUCCUAGGUUGACGAAGCCGGAGCUACAUAAGCGCGGAGUACCGCUGGAAGAUAUUGAGUUUUCGUAG